AUGUCAGCCGCUGGUCCGCCGGGUGGACCUGCACCCGCGGGAGGGCCCCCGGCGGCCUCCACCACUCCGGGCCCGGCCCCGUCCGCGCCACCAUCGAGUCGCAAAAAGGCGGGGAAAUUUCUCGGCUCGGCGCUCAACAUUACCAACCGCUAUCGGGCGAACAGCAGCAGCCUGAGCAAGGUGAGCCUCGCCAUAACGAACCUGAAGGUGAUCCAGAACGUACCGCUACCGCCGCCGAUCAGUGCGAUGCUGGCCUCGGACGUGCCGCCGGUCUGCAAGUUCCUACCGUCGUAUCGGCUCUGCUCGCGCAAUCCAUUCAAUCGCGAGGCCUGCGAGGCGAUUUUGCGUGAAGCCAUGGACAAGUCGCUGCACGGCGUCGAGUACAGCUCGUACUUUGCGCCCUCGAUCUGCCAGCAGAUCUGCGAGGACAUAAAAGCGCGCGUCAAGGAGCUCAAGUUUGACAGGUACAAAAUAAUCGUCACUGUCACCAUCGGCGAGCGGUACAUGCAGGGACUGAAAGCAAUCUCCCAGUUCCUGUGGGACCCGGAGAAGGACAGCUACGCCACGCACGUCUACGAUGCCUCGCCGAGUCUCGUUGCUGUCGGAACCAUUUACGCCAUCUAUUUCGAUUAG